AUGAAUUCUGAAUUAUCUUAAAAAGUAAGUGAAUAAAAUGAUAUGUAUAUCUAAUCAAAAUGUGAUGAUUAUAAAAAGCAGUUUAAAAGUGAUGAUUUUACAUUAGAAGACAAAGUACAAUUUUCGAAUUUAAAUAUGAAUGAACCAUUAGACAUGAAAUCUCCUUCAGAAACAGUAUAUUUAAUAAUGAAUGUUAGAUUUAAGAGUUUAUAUUCACAGAAGAGAAAUUAGAAGCUUAAGGAAAGGGUUUUGUGAGUACUUUGUUAAAUUAAAAUAAAUUUGUUAAUAUAAAGCUUCUUGAUUUAUCUAAAUGUAAUCUUACUGAAAUACCAGACGAUGUGAAGUAAAAUGAAUUAUAAAUAUAGAUAAAUGAGCAAUUUAUAAAAGUUGUAUUUGAGUGGAAAUAUGUUGGUAAAAUUACCAGACUUUUUAUAAUCUUUAAAGUUUUUAGAAAUUUUAGAUUUAUCUUACAACUAAUUAUCACAUUAUCAUAUUUAUUUGGAACGCUUAAAUUAGCUUAAUCUAAAUUGUAAUAUUAUUUAGCAACCAUAUUGUGGGAAAUUAGAUAUACUUAGCAUUUAGAUGAAUCCAAUAAUUUAAUUACCUAAACAAUUUUAUAAAGCAUUGAAAAAUAUGAACUAAUUAGAAUUUGAUUGGUUUAAAUAUUGUAAGCCUUCUUUACCAUCUAAAAUGAAUUUUUAGAAAUAUCCAUGGGUUAAAGAGAAAUUAAUAAAUGCCUUAUAACAAAAAGCCUUGGGAUUCUAAGUAUUCAUAUAAUUAUUGAGUCAAAAUGAAUUGAAUUAUAGUAGCACUGAUUAUAAGGAGAGAAACUUAUUUUGUUAAGCAGGAAUGAAUGAUGAAAUAGGAGUGUUAUAUUGUUUAAAUUAGAUUAUACCUUAAGAUAUCAAUAUAACUGAUUUUGACAAUAAUACACCUUUAUCAGUUUGUUAUUUAGAAGGCAAAAUGAGGUUAAUUUUCAUAAUAAUUAAGAUCAGUGAGUAUUUUAAAGUCUAUUGGUGGUAAAUUUUCACUUAAUACGAUUCAUUGUAUGAGUUAAAGAGCAGAUGUUUUGAAUUUAAAAUUUUUAUUAGGAAUCAAAGAAACUCAUUAAUAAUUAAUGAAGUCUAAAAUAUAACAUCCAAUAAAUGAUGAAUCAUUAGUAAUGAUGAGAAAUAUAGAUGGAAAUACCCCAUUACAUUCAUUAAUGAUGAAUUUUGAUAAGCAUGAACUAAGUACUGAAUUUGGUUAGAUAUUAUUAUUUUUUGGAGCAGACCCAAAUGCUGAAAAUUAUGAAGGAUGUACUCCACUUGAUAUGGCAAUUAAAAAAUAAUAAUUAAAAGGACUUAAAUUUGCAAAUGAUUUCAAUCUAUCAAAUUAUGCUGACUUUUUAAAUAAAAGAUUCUUUGAUUUUUCUCAUUAAUCAACUUUUAAUCGUUUUGGACUUUGUCAUACAGCUGUAAAUAUUGGAAAUUUUGAAAUCUUAGAGUUCCUCAUUUCAAUCAAUGCAGAUUUUUUCGCUUUUAAUAAAUCUAAUAAAUUACCUAGAAAUUUAGCUACUUAAAAUUUAGUGGCUUUAAAGAAUAUUAGAAAGCUAGAAAAGAGAUAUAUUCUAACAAAUGUGAUUAAAGAAAAAUCACUAUUAGAACAAUAAGAAAAGUACAUUAACUAAAUUAAUUAGAAAUGUAUAUUAAAUGCGAUACUAAAUUGAAAAGAAUAUGGUUUAAAGGCAUCAUAAUAUGGUCUAGAAAUAUGUAGAUUAAGAGGAAAUUGAAGAUAUUCAAUCUAUGGAAAGCAUUAAUGAUUUUAGUUUAAUAGUAGGUAGCGAAUGUACUGUAAGAGAAACUGUUGCAGAAUCUACACCAAUAUUCAAAAAAUAAUAAUAAACAAUUUCUUCUGUUUAACAAAACAUUGCAUAGAUAUCAACUUUAGAAUUUCCAGAUUAUUAUCCUGACAUCUUAAAACUCUUAAGAAGUGGAAAUAUUGACACAGCUAUAAAUAAAUUAGAUAAUAUUUUACACUAAGAUAUAAUUAGUGUAUCUGAAAGGCUCAAAUAUAAAAAUCAAUUAUCUUUAUUGAAGUUAAAAUUUAAAUAGAAAAAUGUUUAAUUAAAAUCUACAGUUGGCUAAGAUGUAUAAUUAAUCCUGAAUGAGUAUCAAUUUAAAUCUAUAAAAACAGAAUUUAGAAGUAUAUCUAUCCAAAUAUAAUAGGUAAAUAUUUCAAACAAGUCCAAACCAUACUAAAUGCAUAAACGGAAUCAGAAAUCUCUAAGGCUUUAAAUAUUGUGUCAAGAUAAAAAAUUAUAUGUUCAUCCUUUAAUUUAAAUAGAGAUCUUUUAGUAUCGGAUCUAUCUCUUAUAUCUGAUCUUAGAGCAAGAUUGAGUAUAAAUCUAGUCUAUGAUAUAAAUAACUAUGCCUCUCACUUAUUUUCUUCAUAAAAUUAACUACAUCUAUGGCUCUACAGUUGCUUUUCAAAAAAACAAAAAAUUCUAGUUUAAACAAGUUUUUUAAAUCUACAAAAUUUUGAAUAUCUUCAAUUGAUGAAAUUCAAAAAAAAGAUAGUUCUUAUUGGAAAAUAAGAUGAUCUAACUCUUCAAAAAGAUAUUGAAGAAUAAAAUUGUGUACCAGUAAAUUAGAUAAUUUGUAAUAAUAAUCUGUUUUGUAACAGUAAAAGAUAAUGA